CAUGCCUAAAGAGAUAGCACGAAAGAUUUUGUCUGUGACUGUAUCUGUAAUAGCCAGGAGAGGGCAAAUUGUACUGGAAGGGCAAGUGGAAUUUUUUGAAAAUGAUCAACAAAUUGACAAGUCAAUACCGUUUAAAAGAAUAUUAAAAGAAAAUUUUCAAGAAUUUUCCAAAGAGGAUUUAUCACAUUUUGAAAAAUUCAAACCUCAUUUAAUUAUUAAAUUGAAUAAUACGAUUCAUAAUUUAUUUUUUGAACAAGAUGUUAAAAAUCGCUUGAAAAAGGACGUUAAAUUAAUUUUUAACCUCUUUAAUCCAAUAAUCAUAACUGAUGGUUUAAAUGGAGAAGUGACAGAAUUGAUUACUGAUAUUGUUCAUGAAUAUAAUUCUAUUAGUGAAGAACAACGAAUAUUCUGCAUAGGAUUAACUGAAUGGAAUUCAAACUUCAAACUUGAUAAGUCUUUUAUUAAGUAUGAUAUUUCUAGGGAGACGUUGCUCAAUUGCUAUCAAGAUUUUUACGUUUUUCACGAUGCUCUGUCAAAAGAGACGCUUACCGACUUUCAAAGUCAUAUCGUUCAAGAGAUAAAACGCCUCUAUGGUAAUAAUAUCCCCGUAGUACGGUUCGUUAUCGGAACUAAUAGAGAAACUUUACAAACAAUUGGAGCAGCGUUAAAUAACAAAGAACCAGUCAUUCUAUUUGAAAAUACUUGCAAAUUUGGUUUAGAAUUGUUGCAAAAUUGUGUAUAUAAAAGUAGAAAUAUAGAAGAUUAUAAUCUUUCGAAUGAUAUGACUAGUACUCUAAGAAAAAUUGAACAAAACUCUGAUUUUUUGCUGAUGUAUCACUUUGAUGAAGAUUUAAGAAUAAAAUCUAUAUUUGAUCUCAUUUAUAGAGUUAGUUUUGCAAUUAUAAAUAACUUCCAAAGGGUGAGUCUAUUUUUAGAGAGCGAUAUUGACUACUUGUGUCAUAAUGAUCAAUUUCUCUCAAUGAUAAAUAGAACAAAACCGAAGUUAUUGAUAUCUUUCAGCCAUUUGUCAAGGGAUCUGGAUUACUAUGACCAUUUUUUCGCAAUUUUCAAACACAUCUUCCUUCCUUUGGAUCCUUGGAUUUUGGAGAGUAAUUUAGAUAAGUCAAAUUUAUAUUUGGUUGAUAAACUCUCGCUGGAUAAUGCUUUCUGUGAAUUUGAUACAUCCGCAGUAAUUUGCAUUGAUAGCUCCAGGAACUGUCUUCGAUAUUUUCAUCACGAAUUUGUAACAGGACCGGAUGUUAUUGCACUUAAAAAUGUCCAAGAAGUCAGAAAUUCAAUUGAUAUGAUAGAUCCUUUGGAAAAAGUACCCAAAGUUUACUUUUUAACUAAAGGAGACGAAAAUGAUAUCAAAGACGUAUUACUUAGGUUGGAAAAAAAUGAAACAAUUAUAGUAUUUCCAGGACUAGAUGGCGCUGCUAAGCUAAUUUCGCAGUUUUGUUUCGACCAACAAACUAAUUUGAAAAGUAGGGAAGAGGAUUUAGAUAAAGAAUUUUGGUUAAAUAGAAUUAAGGAAACAUUUUCCAGUUUAGGGAAUAAUGACGAAAAGGUGAACGAAUGUUAUAGCAAUUUAAAAAGGAUCCUUUCAAAAAAGGAAUAUUUAGUUGAUUUUAACGAAAGUUAUUCCAUAAUUCAAUUAAAAGAUUCAUUAUAUAAUCAUUUCUUUAUGAAUGAUAUAGAAACCACAGAAAGAAAGUUAAAUUUAUGUUUAUUAUUUGAAACAGUUGAUUUUAUAAAGGAUAGAGAACAAGCUAAAAACUACAUACGAGCAACUUCGAAUGAAGAGAAACAAAAGAAACUUCUCUUAUAUUCCCUAAUUGGGAAUAAUUCUCUAAUUGUUGAAGAAUAUCUAACAUCCGGUUACUUUUAUAAACUAAUCACUAGUUGUGAUGACAUUGUUAAAUUGUAUAAAAUGAUGUCAAGGAAGAAAUCUUCUCAUUCAUUUCUGUUGAAAAAUUUUACAAAUGAAAUAUCUUCUACGGAAUUUCAGGGCCAACAAUUCCUUAAACAAGAUUUGAAACGCUUGUACACUAAAUAUAUAAUUGAUAGAAAUCAAUUUUUGAAUUUUGAACGGUGCGUCAUCUUCAAUCAUCUUGAUAUACCAUUGGCCAUCUUUAAUUGGGCUAUUUUGUAUAAUCAUCAAGAUAUUGCUUACGUCUUGUGGAGAGAAGGGAAAAAGAGCGUUGUAAUGUUGGGUUUACUAUCAAAAGGUAUAUUGCUAAGUUUGUCAACAACUGCAAGAAAACAUCACGAAAUCAACAUGGCGGAUAAUUUAAAAUAUUGGUCGGAUAUAUGGGAAAAAAGGUCUUAUGGAACAUUGGAACAAGUUUAUAAAACUAGUAGAGAAACUGCUCAUAACCUAUUAGCAAUUCCAAAACUUCAAUGGGGUACUCAAUCAGUUUUGGAUCUUUCAAAGGCAACAAAUUCUAAAUUUUUUAUUUCAAAUCCUGCUUGUCAGACUUUAUUAAGUGAAAUGUGGAUUGGAAAGAUUCAUUAUGAUAAUUCAACAUUUAAAAUACUUUUAACACUACUCUUAUGCCUCUUAUUACCAGUUUUCUCUCCAAUUUUUGUAAAAUAUUUACUAUCAUUCAAAGGCAUAGAACAAGAUGGUAGUAGAUUGAAACGCUGUUGUUUUAACAACAGUAAAUUAUUACUCUUCUUCUAUGCUCCAAUAGUUAAAUUUUGGUUAAGAAUGAUAACUAACUUGAUUUUUAUUGGAUGUUUCACUUGUUUUGUAUUAACUGAUCUUCACCCUUGGACAGAGAAGAGUAGACCUAGUAUAUUGGAAAUAUUGACCACAAUAUGGGUAUUUAGCUUGAUUUUAGAGGAAAUUUAUCAAGUUUUAACAAUGAAAAUGGAAUAUUUUAAAGAUUCUUGGAAUAUUUUGGAUUGUUCUUCCUACUUUAUGUUUACAUUGGCGUUUAUCCUUAGAAUUUCUCUUCCGUUGGAACGAUUUUCAUGGGUUAGGAAUUUUUUCUGCCUGUCAUUAGGAUGCUUCUAUAUAGGACUACUUCAAAUUUGCUAUGUAUCUGAGGUAACUGGUCCGAAACUGAUUAUGGUUCAAAAAAUGCUUAAAAACCUAUUUCAAUUCAUGGUCAUUCUCACCAUAUUCAUGCUGUCGUAUGGCGUAGUAAGUCAAGGAUUAAGGCAUCCUAAUGCAUCAUUAGAUUGGAAUCUCUUAAAGAAUAUUAUCUAUAAACCCUAUUGGCAAAUGUAUGGUGAACUUUUCUUGGACGAUAUUGAGGGAAAUAACCAAGAUUGUAAUAAUUCUUGCCCUGAAAAAUCGUGGCUAGCUCUCAUCCUAUUCGCCAUAUAUAUGGUGAUUGUUAAUAUUCUACUACUGAAUCUACUAAUUGCCAUGUUUUCGAGUACAUAUGAAAAAGUUGAAAGUGAAUCUGAAAUCAUUUACAAGUAUCAAAGAUUUGAAUUGAUAAAUGAAUAUAUUAGGAAACCUUUUCUCCCACCUCCUCUAAAUGUUAUCCAUUUAUUAUGGUAUUGCUGUACUAUAAGAUGUCCGGAUUGCAGAAGCAGUAGGGGCAUUGAAUUGGAACAGACUUUUCUAUUGGACGAGAGGGAAGCAAUGCUCAUGUAUUUGAAGAAUGAGAAUGAGAAAACUGACAAUUGA